GAAUUUCUUUUUUUAUUUUUUCCGAAAAAGGAAUCACACUUUACAGGAAAAAAUUGCGGCGAUAUUUUCCAAACUGACUCUAAUUUCUUUUGCCAAAAAUUUGAAAACGGAGAGGAAAACAAUCCGCCGAUCGUUCUCUUUAUCCUGUUAAUAUUUUCUGCCCAAUUUCUUGUAUCAAAGUCUUGAGAUUCCUGCUAUGGAAGGGCAAACAAAUCAGAAUGGUUCUUUUUGUGGAGCAUUUGGCGCACAGCAAGGGCCCCCUAACAGUUAUGUGGAUCGAUUAGCUUCUCUUGGUAACAGGCUCAGUCCAGCUGAGAGUAGAUCGUCGCAGCACAUGCUUGCUCCCCAUGAUGGAAGUAUUGGACACAUGAGUACCCCUUGCAAUCGUGUUCUGACAAGCAGAGGCUGGGACCACGGUGAGUCCAGCUCUACUGGAAAUAAUGUGCAAGAGAAAAUAUUGGAUGAUGAUUCAAAAAUGAGGUUGGCAUGGUAUUCCUUUUCCGGUACUUCUUCUGUGGCUGAUAUCAGUCCAGAAGAUGGGCCUCCCGUACCUUCUAGUGCUAUCAAUCCUGGUUAUGUUGGAAAUCAAGUGACUGACACAUCCCAUCUACUGACUUUUAGACCAAACCACAGGCAUUUGAGGGAGAAUAGUAAUUCCCCUAGUGGUCUAGUGGGAGGGAGACCUCGCAUUCUUUACGAAUCUGGGCGCGUUGGGGCAGAGGAGACUCUGGUCUGUUAUGAUUCUUCCAGUAAUUUAGAUUCUUCUUCGUUUAUUUCUAGUCCUUCUAUAGAAAAUAAUGACGCACCAGCUCCGUCACUUGGUACUUGGGGUUCAUCUUGUAAGAGGAAGGCGCUUGAAGGUAGUUCACGACACUUUCACCCUGGUGGAUGCUCUAACUCCAACCAGCCAAAGGAGAGUGUAGUGCAGCAUCCUGUUCCUGGCCGUGGCACUGCCUCAAGAAAUUUAAUUACAUCAACAAGUUCAUUUAAUACUGAUCGAUUGGAACAGCUGAAUUCAAGUAGGGGAGUUGGUACUGGUAGUGUAUGCUCCGGACGUUUCACUUCAUCAAGUGUUCAAGGAAUCACACAAAGUCCGGUCAGAAACUUUGCUUCACGGUCAAGACCUAGACUUGGGGAGCCGAUUCCAUUUCAUGCACCUAGAGGCCCUUCUGUUGGACAUUCGACUUUGAAUGCGUCACAAACACAGUCGGAACAUAUCUCAAACCUUAAUGCUUUGGAGCUGAUGUCACCAAUGGCGCUGCCGUUGAAUCUGAACAAUGCCCUAAACGAACCUUUUGUUAAUGUAAAUGAGUCUGGUCAUACACAUCAUCACCCAUGGAAUGAAUCCCUCAGUUCUCGACAUGGCAGUUUAUCUGGUUCUUUGUUGCUCCCUAGAGAAAGAGGUUACCGAGCACGUGAAGAAGAGAAUCUUAGAAGCUCGGUUUCAAAUAUGCCAGAGUACCUCGCGAUUGGUCCUGCUUCAGAUGCAAUAAAUAUCUUUCGAAACCAUAUUGAUGGGAGUUUUACUCCCGGAACAUCAGCAUCUUCCAGAAGUUAUUCUGGUGGGCAGUUGCCUUCUGCUACACGGUUGGCUCAUGGAAACCAGACACUACAAAAUCCUCAAAGAUCGAUAGAAUCUGCUCAUAGGAUUCCUUUCCCAAGCAUUGAAUCUGUUUCUGGGAACCAGAGAAGUCUAGUUGCACCUUUGCCUCAGGCCUCAGCAUCAUCCGGUGAGAGGGCAAGACUUAGUCAGGCAAGGCAUCAGUCAGAUCGAAGACAAUCAUCAUUCUUGAGGGAUGCACGAGGUGGUACUACUAAUGGCCGUAAUGUUUUAGCAGCUGUUGAGGGCAGACACAGACUGAUUCGUCAGGUCUUGCAUAUGAGUUCGAUGCGAAGGGGUGUUUCCUUGGGAGAUGAGGACUAUAUGCUUAUUGAUCCUUCUGUCAAUGAAUUUGCUGAAAACAUAGAUAUGAGGCUUGAUGUUGACAAUAUGUCUUAUGAGGAAUUACUCGCUCUGCAGGAGCAAAUAGGCAAUGUGAGUACUGGACUGAGUGAGAAAAAGAUUCGAGACUCUUUGAAAAAGCGGAAGCAUGGAGUAGUUAAAGCCUCGCAGGUGAUGGAACCAUGCUGCAUCUGUCAGGAGGAUUAUGUUGCUGGAGAUGAUAUUGGGAUAUUGGAUUGCCAGCACGAGUUCCAUACAAGUUGCAUCAAGCAAUGGUUGAUACUGAAGAACAUAUGUCCAAUCUGCAAAAACACGGCCUUGGGAACUUGAAAGGAGAGUACUUUUUUUCUAGAUUGUCGGCCGAUGAAGAACAGUCGAACCCGGGCCAGUAUGCUUUAUGAAACCCUUCACUUGGUGGCAUUGCCCUGGAAUGGAAGGGCGAGCGUUAUCUAUUACUGUUAUUUGGUAGACGUUUUGAUCUCAAUUUACUAAUAAUUAAAUAUAUUGAUUAAUGUGUUAUUGAAGUGUUUUGAAGGCAUAACAGUCAGAUUAA